GGUGGCCCGGCCCACGUUUUCCCUCUCUCCCCUCCUCCCUGGUCAUGUGUCGCCUUUUUUGUUUGCGGUGGAAACAAUUUCUCGCUCUUCGGCUCUCGCCGGCCGAUCCGCUGCCCGUUGGCGCGGGCUGUGUGUGCGGUGCGGCCGAGCCCCAUGCGGCCGGCGGAGCGCCCCGACGCCGGGACCACCGCGCCGCGCCCGGGGCUGGUGCUGAGGCGCCAUGGCCGCCCCCGUCAGAUGAAACUUGGCGCCGCGGCCUCGGACGGACACAGCGCCCGGCGCUCAGCGCUCGGCCCCCGCCAGGAGCCUCUGCCUCAAUGGGUCCAGUCAUGCCGCCCAGCAAGAAGCCGGAGGGCUCAGGAAUCAGUGUUCCCAGCGGACUGAGCCAGCGUUACCAAGAUAGCGAUUUGUCAAAGGCACUUCACGAUGACGAGGACCUAGAUUUCUCUUUGCCUGCCAUCAGAUUAGAUAAAGGGGCCAUGGAAGAUGAAGAACUAACUAACUUGAACUGGUUACACGAAAGCAAGAACUUGCUGAAAAGCUUUGGGGACUCGGUGUUGCGAAGCGUCAGCCCCGUUCAGGACAUUGGUGAUGACACGCCUCCGUCCCCUGCCCACUCGGACAUGCCCUACGAUGCCAAGCAGAACCCCAACUGCAAACCUCCUUACUCCUUUAGCUGCCUCAUAUUUAUGGCCAUCGAGGACUCGCCAACCAAAAGACUGCCCGUAAAGGAUAUAUACAACUGGAUUUUAGAACACUUUCCGUAUUUUGCAAACGCUCCCACUGGAUGGAAAAAUUCUGUGAGGCAUAAUCUGUCCUUGAAUAAGUGUUUUAAGAAAGUGGACAAAGACAGAAGUCAGAGUAUUGGAAAGGGGUCCUUGUGGUGUAUAGACCCAGAAUAUAGACAAAAUCUUAUUCAGGCUUUGAAAAAGACACCCUAUCACCCAUACUCGCACGUGUUCAAUACACCUCCCACAUCUCCUCAGGCAUAUCAAAGCACAUCAGGUCCACCCAUUUGGCCAGGAAGCACCUUUUUCAAGAGAAAUGGAGCUCUUCUGCAAGAUCCUGACAUUGAUGCUGCCACUGCCAUGAUGCUUUUGAAUACUCCCUCUGAGAUACAAGCAGGUUUUCCUCCAGGGGUGAUACAGAAUGGAGCUCGAGUUCUGAGUAGAGGAAUAUUUCCUGGAGCCAGGCCAUUGCCAAUCAGCCCUAUAGGAAGCAUGGCUGUUGCAGUAAGAACUGGUUGGAAAUCUUUCAAAAUGAAUGGGAUAACAAACUGCCGGAUGCGGACAGAAAGCGAACAGUCGUGUGGCUCUCCAGUUGUUAGCGGCGACCCGAAGGAGGAUCACAACUACAGCAGUGCCAAAUCUUCCAACCACAGGAGCACAUCGCCUGCUAGUGACUCCGUUUCCUCUUCCUCUGCUGAUGACCAGUAUGAAUUUGCAACUAAAGGUAGCCAAGACAGCAGUGAAGGAAGUGAAGUCAGCUUCCAGAGCCACGAGAGCCAUAGUGAAACAGAAGAGGAGGACAAGAAGCAAAAUCGGAAGGAGACCAAGGAUUCUUUAGCUGACAGUGGGUAUGCAUCCCAGCACAAGAAAAGGCAACAUUUAAUGAAGGCGAAAAAAGUACCAAGUGACACACUGCCUCUUAAAAAGAGACGUACAGAAAAGCCCCCUGAGAGUGACGAUGAGGAGAUGAAAGAAGCAGCGGGAUCUCUCCUGCAUUUAGCGGGAAUUCGAUCCUGUUUGAAUAACAUCACCAAUCGGACGGCAAAGGGGCAGAAAGAGCAAAAGGAAACCACAAAAAAUUAGAACAAAUCAAUGAUUUGUUUGAACUUACAAAGUUUUGUUUCAGCACGUCAGGUGAAUUCUAAUGAUUUGUGGCAAUAUCAGCAAUUAUUCCUUUUUUGUUUUUCUUUCUAUUUGGUUUUAUUUCUUUUUUUUUCUUUUUUUUUUUUUUUUUUUUUUUUUUUUUUUUUUUUUUUUUUUUUUUUUUUUUUUUUUUUGACCCUUAAGAUUUUUACUUUUAAAGGAGAUUGAAGCCAUAGAACUCAUACUGACACUCAGCUAAUUUACAAAAGCUUUUCAUUACCCGAAGACAAAAAGUUAACAACAGCAACAAAAAAAAGCCAAAAUCGCCAUUGCUUUCUCCGGCUUGUCAGAAAAUGCAUGGUUGAAUACGCAGUGACAUCAACAUUGUUGUGAUGGGAUAAGAUUGGGCACUUGGAAAUCUCUCUUACACUAGAAGAGAUUGCAUAAUUUAGUAGUCAUUCAGGCCUAGCCCUUAAAGAGUUUUUUUUAACGGCCUUACAAUUGGGAUGUGAGUGAAUGUGAAUAAAGAGAUUUGGGGGAAGGAGAAGGCGUGUACUUCUCACACCAAACCACAGACCAUCUGAUGGCACUCGGAUUCACCGUGCCAUAGAAGUCUUUGAACAGCCACUGGUGGCAACUGUGCAUACUGUAAUGCACUUGUAGUGCUUCGUGUACUGUAUGUGGCUAAUAGCGUGAAGACUGGUGACUUUUAAGUUUUGGGAAGUUUGAACUGUGUAUGCAAUGAGUUUCAGUGAAAUAAUGAAAAGAAAUGGCGGGGGGCUGGGGGGGGAAUGGGAAGGGGCACUGUUAAUAGCUAAUCAUUGAGUUCUGUCUUCUAUAUUAAAUUUACUGAAUGUUCAAAAAGCCAUAAGCCCGAAGAUUGGCACUGCGUGCAAAAAAUAAUAGUAUAGGGAAAAACAAGCUGUGUCUUCUAAACUGCCUGAGUGAAAAGCAAUCAAGUCUAAGAAAUUACAGUAGAUAUUAAGGAAGAAAAUAAAUCAGAAUCCUUUUCUGUGGAUCAAAUAUUUGAUCUAACUGAAGGGGGGGGGGGAAAAAAAAAAAAAGAAGAAGCUACAAAACCUGCCAUUAGUAUUAUUCUGUAAUUGAAACAAAAGCAACAGGAAAGCAUAUCGAUGAUCAGUGAAGCUGAGUUCAACAGAACAGCUCCUACGCUGCCCUCAGAAGCGAGCGUUGCAGUUACUGUCGGUCAGGAUUCAUCUGUGCAAAAACAAUGACAGAUUUCCAGAUUCAACCAGCGUAGCCAGCAGGAAAAACAAACAAAACAAAAACGAUCCACACCGCAUGGAUUCCUUUUGGAAGGGGGGGAACACAAAAAGCAAACCAUUUUUUUUAUUCAAAGAUGACAGAGGUCUUGUAAGGUAAAUAAUGUAUUUAGCAUGAAGCAUGAAUUAUUUUCAUAUAAAUAUAGAAAAUAGAGAAAAAGGCUAUGCCUCUAAUUUUUAAGCCCUUAGGCUUAGAGUUUGGUUGGUUUAUUUUCUUUUUUGUUUCAUUUUGGUUCUUUUUUUUUUUGUCGUUGGGUUGUUUCGUUGUGGAUUUUUUUUUAUUAUUUUUAUUUUAAUUUUUAUUUUUAUGGUUUUCUUUCUUUUUUUUUUUUUUUUUUGAAGCAGGUGUUUAAGGUUUAACCUUCUUCAGGGACAAACACUGACUGUUGGGAAACUUACUCUGCAAUAUUAAAAAAUAAAAUCUUCAUGCUCUGGUAGGGCUUGGAUGGUUGAAUUAUACUGCCUUGUCUGCACAUUCAGCCCCCUCUCCCUACUUCUCUUUAAAAAAAAGAAAAAAAAAGAAAAAAAAAAGAAAAAUAAGUAAAAGUGUGUCCUUUCUUCGUCUGUACAUGUGUAACAUGACGCAAUAAUCUGAGGGCAAGUUUAGUAGUGAGUGUGUAUGACAGAAUCAAGAGAAUAAUGGGAGAUUAAUUGAGGAGAACUCUCUGAUUUGAUUCAGGAAUAAGUAGACAUGAAAAUAGCUUUGCUAAUUUGCCGUGAGAAAAUGAAGUUCUUAAGAGCCUUAUUGAGGUGUCCCGAGAAAAAAAACAGUGCAACAGAGGGUGUGAUUCAGGUAUAGGGCUUCUCUCCUGGCACGGUGAUUCUUAGAUUGGAGAUCCGUGCAGAGGAGGGAAGCCGUGAAAUAGAUAAUACAGUCUCUCUCACCUGGAUUUGUCAGUUUGGCAUGAAAACGUUCCAUAAAGAAUAUCUUAGGGACAAGGAGGAAACCCCAGGGACUGGAAAACCCUGCCACUUAACAGAAUGAAAUGGUUUCUGUUAAAGAAUACAGGUUUGUAUCCCCAAAACUGUUCCAGUCAGCAGCACCACUUAAGGUGGAUCUAGUUCCUGAAGAGUGAGUUAGGGAAGAAUCUGACUUCCCGCUCAGUGGAGUGAAAGGAGAGUUGCAUUUGGUGUAUAUGCAGUUAGGAAGUGGAAAGACCAAUGGGUCGGCUGGGCUGGAUCUGGCAGCCGUCUCAUGCUCCACAGAUGUUUUGUAAUACAAAGAACAGGGCCACGCUGGGGGCGGUGCACCAAAAUUGUGCCUCUCCUCCCAUCUCACUCAGUGUGCCCUGGGAUCCAGGACCUGCCUUGUCAAGGGUUGUCUGACAGCUGCUGGAGCCCAGCACAAUUGCCAGCUAUGCAGAUAAGGAAGGAGAGAGCCAAGGAUGGUGCAAGGAGCAGCUCUGUGCUCUCCUGUUUACUGGUCCUGGGGCUGAGGCAUGAAGGGCUGAUGGCCAGUGUAUUACAAUUGGAGUACGCAGGUAUGAAACCUGUUGGCUGCCAACAGCCUUUGAGAUAAAGUUGGGGAAAACAAUGUUUUCUGUUGGCCGUGGAGCACGGAGAUGGAUGAGCCAUAUCUUCCCUUUUCGACAGAGCCCUCUCAGUGUGAUCAGAAUGGGACAGUCCCAGGCCACUCUGUCUGCAGGCAGAGUGCACAGGCAUUGAACCACACAGUCCUGCACAGGAGAAUUUGGUUCUUCAUUGUUUUAUGAACUUUGAGAGCAAUCAUUUGAAAUACAAAGCAGUGCAGUACCAGCUUGCCACCACCUUUGCUCAUUAAUGCAUUAAUGUUCCACCAAGGAGGUCUUUUAAUGUAUAUCAGAAAGCAACAUUUAGAAGUCAAAUUCAUAGCAGAAAAUGCACUGAAAAUGGGGCUCUGCCAUUUCUUUCCUCCAGAGAGAGCAAUGUGGUUGUCUGCUGGUGGCCAGAUCCUGCCCAGUCACAACACUAAUUCCAAAGCAUUUUUACUGACUGCAGUACAUCAGUGCAAACAAGAUGAGUGUCUGCUGCGCAGCAAGUACCAUUCAUUAAUGUGGACUCUUUGUGGCUAAAUAUAUAAUUACCACUAGUAUUAUAUUACCUUAGAAAUUGGUCAUUUUGCAUAAAUAUCUAAUUAAGCAGGUUAUCUUUAUAAGUAUACACAUAUUUAAUCUAUCUAAGACUUCAACACCUUCCUUUUAUACUUGCUGGUAAAUGUAAACUGUUGGCAGGUGUCUGCUUUCAUGUGAAAUGUGUUCCUCCUCAUUCGAUCUGUUGAGGAGUUCACAGUUUGGCUGAGUGCUGAUGUCAUCAACAGAUGAUUUCUGGAGUUGAAAACGAACUUGUCUUUUAUCGAUGCUUCCUCUGACUAUUGACGAGCAGAUGAUUUGGGCUUGUAUAAAAUAUUUAUGAGUCACCUUUUGAAACAUUUCUGUGGCCAGCUAAAAAUGGCAGCUUCAGCCAUCAGAAAAGUUCCAUCUGUUAUUAUUAUUAUUAUUCUAUUUUUAACAGGAAUUGAGUGUUUGUUUUUUUUCCAGAAAACAAACAAACAAAAAGUCAUCUCCUCAACCCAAUUGUCUCUCCUUUCAGUGAGUCAUGCCAAAACUGAGUGGUAAUUGCACUGUAUUACAAGCUCUCUCACUUGCCAGACAUGCGGUGGUUGGGUUUUGCUUGUUUCCUUUCUUUAUUAAGCCAUUUGGGGGUGAGAAGUCAUAGAAUCUCUCAACUUUCUGUUUCCUCACUCUUAUCAGUAUUGCCAAAUUAAUGGUUCUCCAGAACAGGUGGGGACUAGAGGAAUCCUGGUAGGUCAGCAAGCAUUUAGUGGCAAGUUUCGUAUGGACGUGUGUUGUAAGGGUCACUCAGACUUCACCAGGAGCUCCCUUGGAAUAUACCCUCUGCAGGGAGAAGCUCUUGCAGUCCAGAGCUAAUGCCACAAGCAGAUUUCACGGGAGUCUGCAGGGAGGUGAAAUCUGUUGGUGACGUUUGCAUGCUGCAAGCAGUUGGAUGUUCUCGUGGGAAGUCAUUUUGAUGCAGAUUUUUGCCUGCACUUAGAAAUUUAGGCACAGUUCUUGAACAGCUUUAAUACAACAUCCCGUAGCUGUUUCUGAAAGCAUUUUGAUGCUGAACUUCUGGUAAAACCAGCAGUAGUUCUGUCAAGAUCAGCAGAGCUUUGCAGAGAAAUGAGGCAUGCUGUUUAGGACCACAGAACUAGCCUGUGACUGUAUUCUCUCUGGUAAUUCAAGUGACGUCCAUAGGCUGACUCCUGUCUUAAAAUGGGAGAAAAGAAUCCCAAAGGAGGUGCAUGAGCUUCCAAUGUUCAAGUGAAUUACUGUCUACCUUUGCAAAAGAUACAAGGAAACCCUGUGGGCUGCAUUCUUUACCAGAGUGAGGUAGAGGGGUGUCAACGUACUUGAACAUACUAAGUUGUGUGCCAAACGGCACCAUGGAUAAAAAUGGCCAUUUUCUCCAUAGCCAAAUCAUCAAGAUUUUUCUGGAAGUAUUUCUGUAUCUAAAUGUGUAGAUAUGCACAGUCUGGGAUUUCCUGGAGCCUCUGGGUGUCUGGUCUCCUUUGCAGUCAGCAGAGCUGCGGACACCCAAGUGUUCUUGAAAAUCCAUACAGUUUUAUUAUUACCAUUUUUCCUUUGAUCUGGCCCAAGUAGUUUUUUAAAACGUUGCUUUCCUGUGCUCCAGGAUUAAAGUACAGAGAGAAUGCAUUUACAAUUCCAGAUGCAAUGCAAUUUACUUCACUUCAUGGAGAAUGCAGACAUUCCUUGGAGUGUGCCACACAGUGAGCUGCUCCAACAGCUCGCGGGCAUGCUUUAUAGGAAAUGGUUUUAAAACUUCUUCUUGACUUUGCCACCGAACGAGCAUUUGAACCAUACAUCCUCUUGAUUGUAACAGAAUAUCAGUGUUGACUGUCUGACCAGUUAAGUUUUAGUAGUGUUCUUCACGGCCCUCCAGUAAUAUAUCAAACACUGUUAUGCACAUAAUGCAGCACUGUGAUCUAAUUUAAAUAAUACUUUUUUAUUAUUUAUACUACUCUAUGUAAUAUACAUCAACACUUUGCUAUAUAACCUAAGUGAUAACCCUCUUCUUAGUUAUCUGCCAAACUUUGAAUUUCUGUUUGGUUUCUAUUGCAUUUAGCACAGUUACCGAGUUGUAAUGAUGUCUCUUUUCCUUUGAAAUGGAAUGUGUAAGUCAAACUAUACGUUUGUGUGUUUCUGUUUUAAGCUGGAGUUUAUAAGGAUUUACACACAACAUUCGGUGUUCUGUAUAAAUCUGCAUACAUUUGUGAAUUCAUCUGCUAAUCCCCUUUUAUUUAGAAAGUAUUAAUUAUGGUGGUUUAUUAGGGUUUUUUUUUCUUCUUUUUUGCAUUUUUACUUCUAGUACUGGUUAUUCUUGAAUUAAGCAGAGACUUGUCAGCUGGGUUGCUUUAUCAUGUACACAACCUUACAAUUCUUCCACAGUUCAGCCAACAAGUACUAGCUUCACUGACCAAAAAAAGUCUCAACCUAAUGUGUCUAUGGUGCUGUAUUUUGCUGGUGUACAUUUAAAACCAGAAACGAUCUAAAGGUCACCUUGAGCUGUUCUAAUAAGUAGCCUUUCCCGGUUUGGGGAGCUUGGGUUUUGUUUUUGUUUAGCAUUGAAACAAGAAGUAUUUAUCUGAAGCUACAUAAUGGUUUUUCUACUGUAUCACGUUUCCUUCUACAAAAAGGGGAAACGGGCCUGAUGGAGCAGCCUCUCACGGACAGUGGGAGGCGUUUCUGUUUCAGUUUUUCACUUGAUUUCAUUGCCCGUUGGAUCAGGCCAGCAGUCUGAGAGUUCAUCGUCUGAGGGCUUAAGGGAUGGCUGCAACUUGUGCCAGAAUUACGUGUUGCGUUCUGGGACGGCCAAUAUCUAGAAAUGGGAAUCUCUUUACUCUGGCCUAAAAUCCCAAGACAUUUGUUUUCUUUCAGAUUAACCAUUGAACUUCAGUACAUGUUUAAGUUCACAGAGCAUUGUAUGUUUUUCAUUAUGUGUGUGGGAUGACAAUUGAAAGUAAUACCUGUACCUGAUAACCAGUUCCAUGCCUGCAUCAUUCACACUCACUACUUAAAACUGCCAUGAUGUAAAAUGUCGGGGGGAAUGAUUUGUGUGUGUAUGAAAAGCAUUAUGGACUUGUACAUUUUUUUUAUACUCUGAUCUGUAAUUUCUGAAAUAUUUUGUUUUACAGAAAAAAAAAGAAAAAAAAAAAGUGAUAAAGCAAUCAAAAGACCAAGAGAUUUAAUAUCGAUGCUUGAGGGUCACAGGACCUUAACUGGCCAAUAUGUUAAUUUAGUACAGCGAUAAGCCAAUUUUUUUUUCCUGUACUUGGCGUCUGAAACUGCCGAUUUCAUCAAUAUUAAAAUACAAACUGUGAUGGGGAAUGAACAGUGAUGUUAAGUUGUAUUUGUGUUUACCUAAAUGAGCAGUCCGAAGACAAGUGCAAUCAGCUGAUCUUUAGGGAAUAUGAAAAUGUUGAUUUAGAGGCAUACUUGCAUUUUACAUUUUCUUGAUGUGUAAUCAUAUUGCCAAAGACAAACUACUUCAUCAAUUAUUAUUGUAAAUAACACUUUCCCAAAACCUACCAUAAAGUUUCUGUGAUGUAUUGUCUUCCAGUUGCAAUAAAAAUUACUGAGUUGCAUCAAUUGAA